AUGGAUCAGAGGGCAGUGUGUGCCGGAUGCCACCGACUGAUCAGAGACAGAUUCCUGCUCAGAGUCACUGACGGCCUCUGGCAUGAGAGGUGUGUGCGGUGCGCGGCUUGCGGGGACGCGCUGCAGAACUCCUGCUUUCUGCGGGACCACAAACUUUACUGCAAACGGGACUAUGCUGAUCUGUUUGCAGUGCGUUGUGGGCGCUGUGCGGAGGCCGUCUCUCCUGCAGAGCUGGUGAUGCGUGCAGGGGCCACUGUGUUCCACCUGCGUUGCUUCACCUGCAGCGUUUGUUCCUGCCGCCUGCAGACUGGAGAUCGCUGCGUCCUCAGGGAGGGACAGCUACUGUGUGCCAGAGAGGACUACCACCAGUGUCUGGCCAGCCCAACCUCUUCUGACACAGGUAAAAGUGAAGAUGAAGAAGAAGAGGAGGAGGAAUCUGGCAGAGUUAGCGGCAGACGAAUUAGAUCAGAGGACCUGGAAAGUAAACGCCCAAAAAGACCUCGCACUAUUUUGACCACUCAACAGAGACGGACCUUUAAAGCUUCCUUUGAGGUUUCAUCCAAGCCUUGCCGAAAGGUAAGGGAGACCUUGGCAGCAGAGACUGGCUUGAGUGUCCGGGUUGUGCAGGUCUGGUUCCAGAACCAAAGAGCCAAAAUGAAGAAACUGGCCCGGAGACAGCAGCAGCAACACGAGCAGCAGCAGACUCAGGAACAGCAUGAGCAGCCAUCACAGCACACAGCGCCCUCCCGUGGUGGUUUGACCUCUGAGAUGGAGCGCCUGGGGUCUUCUUAUUCCCAUAUUCAGCAGCAGCAGCAGAUGGGACUCACCACACUGGAGCAGCAGGACUAUGACAUGGACCCCUUCAGACAGGGCCUGACCCCACCUCAGAUGCCAGGGGAUCACAUGCACCCCUAUGGCUUUAAGGGCCUGUAUGGUGACAUGGACAGAGACCCUCUUUGUCAUGUCACUGACAGCGACUGCCUCUCCUUGGGUGAUUCCUCCCUACUCACUCCUAUUGACCGUCUCUACUCCAUGCAGGACUCUUACUUCACCUCCUGAGAGUGAUGACCGGACUCAGUAAGGAAUGGUCCAUCUCCCUCACUUCACGUCGCUCUCUGAUCUUGGCAUUUAUCUCUCUGGACAAUGCACAAGGUAGUUGAGGAAGUGGGCGUAGAAAUACUGCAGAUGGGACGCGGGUACACUGUGAUACCAUGCACUGUAAAUCAGUGACUGUCAGGCUAUUAGAGGGUGGAUAUACCAUGUGCGCCUCCAUAUAAACAUAAUUACUCUACUGCCUCUUAUGCUUUGCAAUCCCACUGUACAACACAGGCUCUCUAAAGUCUCCUGUGUAUGCAUGAUACUGUCGGACCUCUCUCACUAUGUUUGAAUGUUAGAUUAUGAGAUUAUAACUGCAUCUACUAAUGUAAAUAGCUAUUUGCGUGUGUAUUUGUAUUUAUUCUCACAAUGUGUGUAUGAUGUUCAUCUUGAACGAAUCAACAAUGACAAAUAAAUAACGUUACAAUACAGUGAAUAUUCAAUAUCAAGUGUGUGUCACAGUAAGUAUAAAGCACAGACUGAUCUGUAAGUAUAGAGAUGGGCCAUUCAUGCUAAGGGUUAGAGCCAGGUCAGUCCAUCCUCAGUGCUUAUCAGUCCAAUCUAGGUGACAGGUCAGCGAGGCAUCUUCUCCCCCCACCCAUACCCCCAGCCGUUGGGUGGAUCAUCAGAUUGUAAAAUGCUGGGCUAUGACAGCAGCAUGGGUCAGUGGCAGGUAAGCAUCACAUCCACGCCGCCAUCAUCAACGCUCACAUUGUGCUCCUCACGGUCAAAGGCGCUCGCUGCAU